UUCUCUUCCGGUUGUGGUGGUAGGGAAGUGUACGUGAGUGAUUGUGAAGUUUAAAUGUGGUCAAUGAUCAUUAACAUCUGAAGUAUUAAUUAGUUUGAAGGCUCAUUCUUUGUCAUGGGGGCCUACAAGUACAUUCAGGAGCUGUACCGUAAGAAACAAAGUGAUGUUAUGAGAUUUUUGCUACGUAUCAGGUGCUGGCAGUAUCGCCAGUUGACGAAAAUGCACCGAGCCCCAAGACCAUCACGUCCAGAUAAAGCUCGCAGAAUGGGAUAUAAAGCUAAGCAAGGUUAUGUUAUCUAUCGCAUUUGUGUCCGUCGGGGAGGUCGUAAGCGGCCAGUACCAAAAGGUGCAACAUUUGGAAAACCAAAAAGUCAUGGAGUGAACCAGCUGAAGCCCACUCGCAACUUGCAGUCUGUUGCUGAAGAGCGUGUUGGCAGACGAUGUGGAGGUUUGCGCGUGCUUAAUUCGUAUUGGGUUGCUCAAGACUCUACUUAUAAAUAUUAUGAAGUUAUCCUGAUAGACCCAGCUCACAAGGCUGUUCGUCGUGAUCCUAAGGCCAAUUGGAUAUGCAAUGCUGUUAUGAAACAUCGUGAAUUGCGUGGAUUGACAUCUGCAGGCCGCAAAUCAAGAGGUCUGGGCAAAGGACAUCGUUACAGCCAAACUAUUGGAGGAUCAAGGCGUGCAGCAUGGUUAAGGAGAAAUUCACUGCAGCUGCACAGGAAACGUUAAGGCUUUUGUUGCUGUUGUAUAAAAAGUACAUAAAAAUAAAUGUGGCAAUGAUGGGAUGUAGAAAAAAUGUUGGAUUUUAUUUCUUUUGUACCAUAUGUCCAAAUUUAUAUGAAAUGUUUUAGUUAAGUAUAAGCCUGUGCUGAAACAUUCUUUGUUGUACCAUGAAGGUACAGAAGGUAAGUCUAAAGUCUGGUAUGAAUAGGGUGUAUCAUUUCUGGUUCCUCAAACCACAGGAUUAUUUUGUUUAAGCAGAAAAAUGUAAUGAGCAACUUGAUUACUUGCAUGACCAGUUUGAAAUGCACCUUAAAUUUCAUAUACAUAUUUUAGUUCCUGUAUAAAUAUUAUAUACAUAACAGGGAUUUUACAUAUAAUGCGGAUAGUAAAGUUUUUCUUGACAACCGG